UGGUGGCCGUGGCUCCGUGCUGCACAGCGGACAACUCCAUUGGGUGGCCCGCGUCCCAUUCAGCCGCGAGAUCACGUUCUAUCGUUCCGGUGGACGUUAACACUUCUUCUCCGAGCUCACAUCCCUCUCCCAGAGAGAAGUGCGAGAGAGAAAUAUGGCGGCGAUGAUGAGAGCGGAAGGGUUGAUCUUCUCGUCUUCAUCAUCUUCAUCCUCAUCUCCGGUGUGGAGACUAUCCACGACUGUCGGCCAUUACAACCCUUCUUCCUCAAUCAAGACGCUCCCAUUCCCGCCUUCUGUCAUUCCGACCACUGCCCUUGUCUCUUCGAUCCCUCGGAGGCCCGUUUCUGUGCUGAGAAUUUCGGCGACGUCUUCGUCGUCCUCGUCAUCAGCGUCGUCCACCAUUGUCAACCUGGAAGGAAAGCUCCAGGUGAAAUCGGUGCCCACGAAGCCCGUAGAAGGCCAAAAGACCGGAACCAGCGGUCUGCGAAAGAAGGUUAAAGUUUUUGUUCAAGACAAUUACCUAGCUAAUUGGAUCCAGGCAUUGUUUAACUCCCUGCCGCCAGAGGAUUAUAAAGAUGGAGUGUUGGUCUUAGGUGGCGAUGGCCGUUAUUUCAAUGAAGAGGCUGCACAGAUAAUAAUCAAAAUUGCAGCAGGAAAUGGUGUUGGAAAAAUUUUGGUUGGCAGGGAUGGUAUUAUGUCAACUCCAGCUGUUUCUGCUGUCAUACGAGAGCGGAAGGCCAAUGGAGGCUUUAUAAUGAGUGCCAGUCACAAUCCUGGUGGUCCUGAAAAUGAUUGGGGCAUCAAGUUCAAUUACAGCAGUGGGCAGCCUGCACCUGAGACUAUCACUGACAAAAUAUAUGGAAACACACUCUCGAUUUCUGAGAUAAAAAUGGCAGAAAUUCCAGAUGUCAAUCUGUCUCAACUUGGUGUUUCAAAAUAUGGGAGCUUUUCUGUUGAAGUGGUUGAUCCUGUUUCUGACUACCUGAAUCUGAUGGAGAGAGUCUUUGACUUUCAACUUAUCAAAAGUUUGCUGACUAGACCAGAUUUCAGGUUCGUAUUUGAUGCAAUGCAUGCAGUAACUGGUGCUUAUGCAAAACCUAUCUUUGUGGAGAGGUUGGGUGCAGACGGGGCAAAUUGGCAGAGUUCCAUUGCAAAUGGAGUACCAUUGAAAGAUUUUGGCCAGGGCCAUCCAGAUCCCAAUCUUACGUAUGCAAAGCAAUUAGUUGGCAUAAUGUACGGAGAAAAUGCACCUGAUUUUGGUGCAGCAAGUGAUGGUGAUGGUGACCGAAACAUGAUUCUUGGCCGAAGAUUUUUUGUUACUCCUUCAGACUCGGUGGCAGUUAUCGCAGCCAAUGCACAAGCAGCAAUUCCCUACUUUGCAGAUGGAGUGAAGGGUCUAGCAAGGUCAAUGCCAACAAGUGGAGCACUUGAUCGUGUUGCUGAAAAGUUAAACUUACCCUUUUUUGAGGUACCAACUGGCUGGAAAUUUUUUGGGAACCUAAUGGAUGCAGGAAAACUAUCUAUAUGUGGGGAAGAGAGCUUUGGAACUGGUUCAGACCACAUCCGCGAAAAAGAUGGAAUAUGGGCUGUCUUGGCUUGGCUUUCCAUCAUUGCAUACCGUAACAAAGAUAACAAGGUUGGGGAGAAAUUGAUUUCUGUUGAAGAUGUUGUGAAGAAGCAUUGGGCAACUUAUGGGAGGAACUUCUUUUCUAGAUAUGAUUAUGAGGAAUGUGAAUCUGAAGGAGCAAAUAAAAUGGUAGAGCAUCUGCGCGACAUAAUAUCUAAGAGCAAGGCAGGAGACAAAUAUGGGAGCUACACGCUACAGUUUGCUGAUGAUUUCGAUUAUACAGAUCCUGUGGAUGGCAGUGUAGCAUCAAAGCAAGGUGUACGUUUCGUCUUUACUGAUGGAUCAAGGCUUAUAUUCCGAUUAUCUGGAACGGGUUCAGCUGGUGCCACUAUUCGGAUUUAUAUCGAACAAUAUGAGCCAGAUAUAAGCAAGCAUGAAAUGGAUGCUCAAGUAGCACUGAAGCCUUUAAUAGACAUUGCCUUGUCAAUCUCAAAGCUGAAGGAAUUCACAGGACGGGAGAAGCCUACAGUCAUCACUUAGAAGGCUUUUAUUCCUUUUCUCUUUUUUGGGUCGAGCAAAACUUUACAUACUCCGAGGAAAGUUCUCUAUAUUAUUCUUUCAAAAACUUGCUCUCUCUCUCUCUCUCUCCAGCAGCGUGAAAUUGGUCGAUUCAUGCAUGCAAAUAGUUGAGACCAAAUAACUUGUAACGACUCCACUUAAUGGAGUUCAGUCACUCUACUCGAGACACUAUACACUGUACAAAAAUAAGUUCAGAGCACUAUCCAGAAUCAUGGCAGAAGCAGACGGUUCAAAUCAUGGAAUAAGUAGACAUUAUUAUGAAGACCUGAAUCAUUCACCUUCUCCAAUACGGUUUUUUUUGGCUGGCAUCUGCGCUACAGUGGCCGGGAGAGGGAAAACAUUGCAAACGUAGCUCCAGAAUCCAUGGCCCCAACAUGAACAGCUCUUGAGAUUCUUGCUCAAUUUUUGAUGUCAAGAAGCUCUUGGCGUGGAUCCCGAAACAUGAAGACCAUACAUCCAACGCAUUCUACUCCUAACCGAGAGUAUUUCGUUGUUCUCUGACAAAUCUCGUGCGGGUGUCUGUUCGUCAAGGACAGCUGAAUAUGCCACCAUUCUGAAUUGCUAAAUCUUCUCGAUGGUAGUAUGAAACAGUUGCAGCUAGCAUAUUUUCAACCAUUCGUAUUGGAAUCUACUGCAGAGCUGCAGUCGAACUACAUGCCGCCCGCAUCCAUGCACUAUAAGUGGGUCAGUCGUUGGCUUCCUUUGUACCCACUGCAAUCUCCAGUUGAAACAGAGCCAAUGGCCACCUGAGUUCCUGUGUUAGAACUUCUAUGGCAAUGAUAAAUAGGGUAGCGGGAAGGCGUUAGGCCUUCUCCUACCGUCCUUUCAAACACCAUUUACAGGCAUGAAGGACGCCAUGAAAAUGCA